GUGUUUACAACACUCGACCCCUUAGUCCCCAGGGGUCGAGGAUUGAGGAUCUAGGGUCGAGGGGACCGUUCAUUUAAACGAGAAAAUUAACACCUAUCCUACUUAAUUAUAAAUAUCCACAAAUCUCAGACGAUCGGACAAUGAUCAGUAAGUGAAGUGUCUUGUAAGUUAACUUCACUCGGCAUAAAAAUAAUUUUUUUUUUAUAAAAAAAAAAAAUUAUGAGUGACGUGGAGCAGCGAUCGGAAGCCCAGGAGGUUUUUGAUCCUUAUCGGAGGGACACGAGAAAAAAACAUUUAUCGGACUUCAAGUCGUUUAUGAAUCUGGUAAAAAGUGCAGCAGGAACCGGACUAUUUGCGAUGCCUAAUGCGUUUGCGUCGGUGGGUAUGAUCGUGGGGAUAAUCGGUACGAUUUUGAUGGGAAUUUUAAUAACAAUCGCUCUGCAUUUGUUGAUGAUGACGCACUGCGAUUUAUGUAAAAUUAAACGUAGAAGAGCGAUACCGUAUGACCAAAUCGUUGCGACGACGAUGACCAGUGGAAUAAUGAGAGGAAAAGUUUCCGCGGGAACCGCGAGUUUAGUGAUUGACAUAAUUAUGCUGGCGUGUUACAUCGGGAUCGGCGCCGUCUAUAUUGUUUUUGUCAGUGGCAUUAUCCAGGACCUUGUGGACCAGGGAAAAACUAUUGGCCAGCCCUACUACGUGUUGAUUUUAUUCCCGCUCUUUUUGCUGUUGAAUUUGAUCCGCGGAUUGAACGCAAUCGCGCCGAUCUCGAUCAUCGGAAAUGUUCUGAUCAUCGUGGCUGCGUUAAUUGGAGUCGUCUAUGCGGUGAUUAAGUCAGAGAGCGACUGGGUUUAUGUGCAGAAAGAUUAUUAUAAAUAUCCAAAAUUUCUAGGGACCAUUUUUUUCGCGCUUUCCUCACCGGCACUGGCACUGGCGAUACAGCAGGACAUGAGAGAACCGCAACACUUCACACGUAAAUGCGGAGUCUUGAACUGGGGAAUGGGAACCCUUAUAUUCAUGCACGUGAUUAUCGGCAUCGUAGGCUACGCCAAGUAUGGCAGCAGCGUAACAGGAAACUUCGUUCAAAAUCACCUGAGCCUUGACACAGUAACAUCAAUUGCACUGGGAGUCCAAGCGCUCGCGAUUUUCUUCAGCUACGGCCUCCAGUGCUUCCUACCGAUUUCAAUUCUACACAAAGACUACGCAGUUCGUUCCAUUCAAGAUGGCUUUCUUAAAGGGACUCCCUACUUUUGGAAUAUCAUGAUACGCAUCGCCGUAACUUUACUUACUUGCGUGCUCGCAGCCUCGAUCCCGCAGCUCCACAUCUUCACCAGCUUCGUCGGUGCCCUCUGCGUAGCGACUCUAGGCUUCAUAGUCCCCGUCAUCGUCUUCAUGAUCAGCCACCACGGGAAAUACGGCCGCUGCAAAUGGAAAUUAAUUCUCAGCAUAUUCAUCCUCAUUUUAGGAGCCAUCGCAAUGAUAUUAGCGACUAUUUCUAGUAUUAAAUCAACGUUUGAUUACCUUAAAGAAUAAUUUCUUUAGUUACUUUAUUCUUUUGAUUUUUUGAGCGAGUAUGCACGUGCUGGUUUAAAGAUACCGAGUAAUUACGCGUGUGAUGCUGGGACACGGCACGUGCUCUUAAACGCUCACUAAUUGCUACUAAGCUUUGAGCUUCACAGAGCGGAAUUCUUUUUUUUUUGUUUCUUUGUAACUGGUUUUCCUUUAAAGAUAUGUUAUGU